GACAAUCCAAUGAUCAUUAGUUUAUUUAAUACAAUGGUUGCAAAAUAUAUGAAAUUAAAAUAAAGUGUUAAACAGAGGAACGUAAACGGAGUUCAAGAGCUAGCCGAACUUUCCGUUGUCAAUAAUACGAUAUUGUUUUACGACUCCUAGGGAAUCAUAAUGUCCCUGUGACGUACUAAUUAUGAGUUGAAGGGAAGAAACAUGCAUGAGGAGGGAGUCUUGAGCUAUAUAUACCCGUUUCUUCCCAAUCAUUGGUGUGUGCCUACUCAUCAUCACUCUUUGGGUUCCUGAAAUCAUAUCCCUAAGAUUAACUAUCAAGCAGUACUCUUUGGGAAAAAAUGGCUUUGACAACUCAAACAACAUUGAUCCUCCUCACACUGUUGGGGUUAUGGGUUUCCCAAGCCACUUCCCGCACGUUGCAUGAAGCUUCCAUGUUGGAGAGGCACGUGGAAUGGAUGGCUCUUUAUGGACGCACUUACAAGGAUAGUGCAGAGAAGGAAAUGCGUUUCAAGCUUUUCAAGCUCAACGUGGAGUUCAUCGAGUCUUUCAACAAUGAUGGAAAUCGGCCUUAUAAGCUAAGCAUCAAUGAAUUUGCUGAUCAAAGUAAUGAAGAAUUCCGGGCCCUUCACAAUGGAUACAAAAGGUCCUCCAAUCUCAGGUCAUUUCCAAUGACACCAUUUAGGUAUGAGAACGUGACUGCAGUGCCAUCUAGCAUUGAUUGGAGAGCAAAAGGAGCCGUCACCGCCAUUAAGGACCAGAAAACAUGUGGAUGCUGCUGGGCAUUUUCUGCUGUUGCAGCCACGGAGGGUAUCACCCAAAUCACAACAGGAAACUUGAUCUCUCUUUCAGAGCAAGAAUUAGUUGAUUGUGACACCAGCGGUGAAGACCAAGGCUGCGAGGGUGGCCUGAUGGAUGAUGCAUUUGAAUUUAUCAUCCAAAACAAAGGCCUUACAACUGAAGUAAAGUACCCAUACAAGGGAGUGGAUGGAACUUGUAACGAUAACAAGGCAGCAUCCCAUGCGGCCACCAUCAAAAGCUAUGAAGAUGUGCCUGCCAACAGUGAGCAAGCACUGCUCAAGGCAGUUGCCAACCAACCAAUUUCUGUCGCCAUUGAUGCGAGUGGCUCUGCUUUUCAGUUUUACUCGAGCGGAGUCUUCACUGGAGAGUGUGGAACAGAACUGGACCAUGGUGUGACUGCAGUUGGUUAUGGGACAACAACCGAUGGGACUAAGUACUGGUUAGUGAAGAAUUCAUGGGGUAACAGUUGGGGUGAAAAGGGAUAUAUUAUAAUGAAGAGAGACAUUGAUGCGCCGGAAGGUCUAUGCGGCAUUGCCAUGGAGUCUUCCUAUCCCGUUGCUUGA